AUGUGCCUGGUGCAGAUCUUCCUCCAGUCGGGGUCGGCCUACAACUGCAUCAGUGAACUGGGAGAACUGGGAAUACUGGAGUUUAGAGAUCUAAAUCCAGAUGUGAACUUGUUCCAGAGGAAAUUUGUGAAUGAAAUACGGAGAUGUGAGGAGCUGGAGAAGAGAUUUGAGUUCCUGGAGCAGCAGGUGUCCUCGGUGUUGUCCCGGUCUCUGGAUGACGUCAUGGGAACCCCCGGCUCCGCCCCGGCCCCUGCGCCCAGAGACCUGCUGCUGAUGGAGGAGCAGAGCGAGAGGCUGGCCACACAACUGUCUGAGGUUUCCACAAACAGGCAGAGUCUGAGGCGACAGCUGCUCCAUCUGUGUCAGUACAGAGCCGUGCUGCUGCAGACCCACAAUGCUGUUCACUCCCAGAGUCUCCCUCCUCCACACGCUUCGCUGGAUUUUUCAACCCUGGACGACAGCGACAAUCAUCUCAGUUUUGUGGCUGGAGUGGUGCAUCCGUGGAAAGUGGCGGCUUUUGAGCGUCUGCUGUGGCGAGUCUGCAGGGGCUAUUUCAUUAUCCACUUCCAGGAAAUGCAAAACAAACCGGAAAACUCUGAAACUGGGGAAGGGGCACAAUGGACGAUAUUUCUCAUCUCAUAUUGGGGGAAAACUAUUGGACGAAAAAUCAAGAAAAUCUGUGACUGCUUCCACACGAACACUUUCUUCUACCCAGAGAGCGCAGACGUCAGAGAGGAGCUGUUAGACGGACUGAAGAACAGAAUUGAAGAUAUUUCUAAAGUUUUGUCCCAGACUGAGAGUUACCUCCAGCAGCUGUUGUCUCAGUGUGUCUCUGUGCUGCCAGUGUGGAAGGUGAGAGUGCGUAAGUGCAAGGCGGUCCACUCUGUCCUGAACCUGUGCAGUCCGUCUGUCACAGAGAAGUGUCUGAUCGCGGAGGCCUGGAGUCCGACCAAGAAGCUGCUGCUGCUUCAGAGCGCUCUCAUCGAGGGGACCAGGAAAAGUGGCAGCGUGGUGGACUCCUUCUACAACCGCCUCCCUCUCUCCUCCUCGUCUCCUCUUCCUCCGACGCUGUUCGUCACAAACGCCUUCACGGCAGCGUUCCAGAGCCUCGUCGACGCUUACGGAGUGGCCCAGUACAAAGAGAUCAACCCAGCCGUGUUCACUGUGGUGACCUUCCCGUUCCUGUUCGCUGUGAUGUUUGGAGACCUGGGCCACGGUUUGCUGAUGGCUGCAGCCGCUCUGUGGAUGAUUCUGCUCAAGGAGGAAAACAACAGCCGUCGCAAUAAAAAUGAGUUGUGGCAGCUGGUGUUCGGAGGUCGGUUCCUGAUUUUACUGAUGGGACUUUUCUCCAUUUACACCGGAGCCAUUUACAACGACUGCUUCAGCCGCGGAGUCAGCGCUUUCCCCUCGGGCUGGCACCUGCGGCCCAUGAACUGGAGUGAAAAAACUCUGAAGACGAACCCUAUUUUGAGUUUGGAUCCGAACACAACAGGAGUCUUUCUGGGACCGUAUCCUCUGGGAAUCGACCCGAUUUGGCACCUCGCGAACAACCGCUUGUCGUUCUUAAAUUCGUACAAGAUGAAGAUGUCCAUCAUUAUCGGGGUUUUUCACAUGACUUUUGGAAUCUGCCUUUCCUUCUUCAACUACAGUUACAGGCGUCGGUGGUCGGACGUGCUGCUGGUUCUUCUCCCAGAGUUGGUUUUCAUGCUGGGAUUGUUCGGAUACCUGGUCUUUAUGAUCUUCUACAAGUGGCUGUUUCUGGACGCGCAGCAGUCGGAGCGAGCCCCGAGUCUCCUCCUGCAUUUCAUCAACAUGGUUCUGUUCAUGGACAACAAGGAAACACUGCCUCUUUAUAAAGGACAAUGGUGUGUGCAGACGGCUCUGAUGGUGCUAGUGUUGACUUCAGUUCCUGUUUUGUUGCUGGGAAAGCCUCUGUACCUGCUCUACUGCCACAGGAAGCAUCGACAGUCCAGGUCAGUGUCUGCAGCUGUGAGCGACACCACUUCCAUCAAUGCACUGUUGGGCGAUCUGGAAGGAGGCGGCAGGGAGCAGGAACAGUUUGAUGCAGUGGAAGUCUUCGUGCACCAGACCAUCCACACGCUGGAGUUCUGUCUGGGCUGUGUGUCCAACAGCGCCUCCUACCUGCGGCUGUGGGCACUGAGUCUGGCACACGCUCAGCUGUCAGACGUGCUGUGGACGAUGGUGAUGCGGAUCAGCCUGUCCUCCCGCGGCAUGCUGGGAAGUGUAGUCCUGGCUCUGGUCUUCUCCCUCUUCGCUUUGCUCACGGUGUCCAUCCUGCUGGUGAUGGAGGGUCUGUCUGCGUUCCUACAUGCUCUCAGACUGCACUGGGUGGAGUUCCAGAGUAAAUUCUACAGCGGCACUGGAUACAAGCUGUCUCUACUCCACUUUCCCAUAGACAACCGCGUUUUUGACAUAGUAACCCACAUCAGUCAGCAGAAGACAAAUCACCAACACGCAGAGAUGAUGUGGGCCGUGGUGAGUCUCCUGGUGACUGCUCUCUCUGUGGAGUCUUACAUCGUCCGGGAGCAGUACGAGCGUCUGUCUCACGGUCGACAGCUGAAGAUUUAUUUGCCCAAAAGCACAGAGAAGCUGGAGUUCAUCCCAGCGGACGACCCGGGGCAGAGACUGGUUUACUGGGACAAACGCUCCCACAGCAGUCGGCCGCUGAGGGGGCAGGUGUCGGGGUCUGGUCAUGAUCGUCGCUGGUACCUGGAUAAGGUGACAUUUGAAGAUCAGGGAACUUACAUCCAGAAGGACAACUGGGACAAAGAAUUGUCCACACUCAAAGUCACUGUGUUGGCUAAAAACAACUACAUCAAACGUGUUCCUGGGGAGACUCUGUACGUGUCAUUAGAAGGAAUCCGACAGGAAGACGCCUCGCUCCGCUUCUCCGGGGAGUCCGCUAAUGUUACACUGGUCCAGUACGGAGCCCGUGUGUCCCAGGAUUUACCAGAUUACUUCGACAGACUUCGAUUUGGCAAUGAUCGGAUUGAGAUUUCCGGUGUGAACGUCAGCGAUGUGGGAAAGUACCAUCUCUACGACCGCAAGGGCCAGCUGGUGUCCGUGACCAGGAUGGACCUGACAGAUAAACAUGACACAGUGGAUGGGAAUCCGCUCCUGGCUCUACUGCUGCUCCUGGGAAUACCGGUCGGAGUCUGCUGCUGCUGCCGCAAGAAGAUCUUCAAGAAGAAAGCCACAACGGCUCACACACAGGCUUCUCCAGGGAUCGUGGUUUCUCCUGUUGGACCGACUGGACCCUGCCCUCCGUACAACCAGCCGCAGCCGGGAGGAGGAUAUUACCCAGCUCCAGGCACAGACUUGGGUCCGGCCAUCCACCCUCCUCCUGCUGCCCCAGGUCCAGGGCAGUGGAACGGUCCUCCUCCGUCUCCGAGCAUGAAUCCAGCGUACCCAGCUACAAACCCGGCUUACCCUUCUGCUAACCCUGGGUAUCCUGCUGCUAACCCUGGGUACCCCGCGGCGACCCCUGGGUAUCCUGCUGCGAACCCUGGGUACCCUGCGGCGUCCCCUGGGUAUCCUGCUGCUAACCCUGGGUACCCGCCUGCUGGAGCGCCUCAGUGGAACGGUCCACCUCCAGCCGCGGGGCCCUACCCCUCGUACCCCCCUGGUCCCACUGCUCCAAUGGGUUAUACUCCAGCUCCAGUGAUGUACAGUGAGGCUCCUGCUAAAGAAGAGAUCAAGAUGGAGAACAUGGCCCCAGCCCCGACAGACCCCCUGCUGACACAGCCGCCUCAGACUUUUCCGUCUUCAGCCUCUGCUCCGGUCCCUCCGUCCACCUCAGACGCCCUGCAUUCCUCUGACGGCGCCGCCACCUUCAGCAUCGACAAAAACACCACCAACUUCCUCUAA